UCACCACAUGCGUACUGCAGAGUGAGCUAGCGUUCCCCCACAGGACCAGACUACUCUGAUCUAGGACCGUGCCGAGGUUGUGGAUUUGUCGUGCGACCAUGAAGUCACUCGUGGUUUUUGUCUUGAGUUUGUUGGCUGUGGCGCUGGCCCAAACUCCCAACCCGCCCAACUUUGCGGUCAAAGAAGAAAACGGGAAAUGCUUGUGGUCGAUCGCUACUGACAAACCAACAGGCGGCUGCACCAAGACAAACCAGCCAGGACCGCUCAUGAAGGACAUCAAAACGGCGACCGCCGGGGAGACGGCCAGACUGGCCAAGAUGACCUCUCAGAUACCGCUGGACAAAGCCGUCAUCCAGAACAGAAUCACCAUGACGGAAGUGGCACGACUGACUCUGGAGUCACAAGUGACGGUGAUGGAGAGUCAGCUUAACGCGCUGGAGAAGGAGAACAAGGCUCUAAACCUGAGGCUGAACGGGGACCCCGCCGACCCCAAGAAAAUCGGAAUAGCGAAAGCCAUUCAGAAUUACGGCCUACUGGUGGAUAAGUUGGCUACAGCAACGGAUACACUUCUGAAGAAACCAUAGGACCGUACAACCUCUGAAACUACUGCAUUUAUCCGGCUUGUGCCGAGUGCCAUCUAAUAAUAUGGCCAUGUAAUAGAAGUA